AUGUCUGGACCUCAAUUCCUCCAUGCGGCUCCCGAUUAUGGGUAUCUUAGCCUAGACGGCCCCGAAAUGACAAUCAUUGAGUCGAAGGAAGAUAUAACUGUUGAUAUGGACUACAGGGUCAUCCUCCCUCGCAAUCCAGGAAUCCCCCUAUUCGACAGGAAAACCCUCCUCAUGAAGCUUCUCACCAAACAUGGUAACUGUGCCCCUUACCUCGACGACUUGUGCAACCCCGCGAUUGCGCGACGUACCUUCCGAUCCUAG